UCUUAAGCUGGACACAAUUUUGCCUGAUAAUAGGUGGUCUGCUACAGUGCUAUAGAAGUAGUUGUCAGGCUGUUCUGGUUUGUUCUGCCUUUAGGAAAUUAUGCCAUCAAGCGUAUCUGUCUUGAAGUUAAAAUAAUUUCAGUGACGUAAGAUUUCUGAGAAAAUAGUCCUCAUAGUCAUCAAUUAGAUAAAAAACCACAUAGCAUUAGCAGAGCUCCUGUUUACUUCAAAAUUACUGCAUUCAGCAAUUUGCAUUUGUCAGAAAGUCUUAAAAACCGUGGACAGGAAGAAACAACAGUGAAGAGAAGGAUGAGAACAUAACAGGAAAGAAAUUCAGUGGUUGUCCUUUUCUUAAGGAAAGUUAUGAGAAAUAUUUCUUGAGUUAAAACAUCAUUUUUAUCUGUAAUAAUAAAAUCUAGUUUGGAAUUGUUUUAAAGGAGAAAGCAAUGUAUCUCCUACACUUCACUUGCAAAGGAGUCUUGCCAACUGAGAUUAUAUUGCAUCUGAAAAACUUGAAGUCUACAUGCACGGUGGAUAUAAUGUGUAAUAUCCAAGGAUGCACUUAAAUUCAAGGCUGAGUGACUAUCUCUGUAUAUGGAAGUACUGUAAUUGCCCCCUAGUGGGUUCCACUUUCCCAGGAAGUUUGGGACAAGCUUUCCUGCUUGUUUCUUUCUCUUCCCUAGAGAUCCUGAAAUGCCUUCCAACCAUUACUGUAUUUAUUCCCUUUUAUGCCACUUUUAAGCAAUAAGUUUAACAGCACUAUGUUUUCUCAUUCCUUGGUGGCACUUCAUUGCAUGUUUGCACAGGCAGGGAAGGAAUAGCAGGUUGAAAAUUAUACAUUGUAAUACCUGUAUAUUGUGAAAGCACUAAAGAGGUUUCUAAGCAGGGGAGCAGAUAAACCUGAUGUGAUUCAGGGCUGGUGGAAGGCAGAAGGAAUUUCAAGCAGAAAUUGAGAAAGAUUUGAAAGACUGUCUCGAUGACAAGAAUUCACCCCAGCCUUACCAGAAGGAGAGGCAUUUUGGCUCUGCCUAUACUAUUAAGCCUACAACUUCCACAGACUGGAAAUUUUGCUGUUUCGUUGUCAUCAGCAAAUAAUUGUGGUAUCUCUUUGCUGUAGCAAACUGGAAAAUGGAAAUGAAGAGAAAUACAACAAAGUUGUUGCUGUGGCUGUUGAUGUUCUUUGAUGCUGUGCCAUUCAGCUAUGAGAAAUCAAUGAAAGAGAGAGCUAUCGAGUUGAUGCAAGAUACACGUUUAAUUGAUGGCCACAACGACUUUGCACUGCGGCUGAGAAUAUUUUACCAAAAUAGACUCAGUAGAGUCAACUUAAGAGAACUCAACAAGACACACACAAACCUUGCGAAACUUCAGGCUGGUUAUGUGGGAGCUCAGUUUUGGUCAGUGUAUGUUCUUUGCAGCGCUCAGAACAAGGAUGCUGUGCGUCUGACCUUAGAGCAAAUUGAUGUUGUCAAGAGGAUGUGUAACAGCUAUGAAGAGCUUGAAUUUGUGACAACUUCCCAAGGUAUCUCUGACAGUACAAAGAUCGCGUGUUUGAUUGGAAUAGAAGGUGGUCACUCCAUUGACAGCAGUUUGGCAACACUGAGAAUGUAUUAUGACCUGGGUGUUCGUUACAUGACUUUAACACAUUCCUGCAAUACACCUUGGUCUGAAUCAUCAUCUAAAGGAAUACAUAAAUUUUAUCCUAGUGUUAUUGGUCUGACUGCAUUCGGCCAAGAAGUGGUAAAGGAGAUGAAUCGCCUGGGUAUGCUGAUAGAUUUAUCUCAUACUUCAUAUUCCACAGCAAAAGCUGCACUAAGUAUCUCAAAAGCACCAGUAAUUUUCAGCCAUUCCUCAGCAUUUUCUAUUUGUAAUCACUCAAGAAAUGUUCCUGAUGAUAUCCUCCAGGAACUGAAAAAGAACAAGGGAAUUAUCAUGGUGACUUUCAACGCAAAUGUACUGGCCUGUGGCAGAAAAGUUGUUAAUGUUUCUACCGUUGCAGAUCAUUUUGACCACAUAAAGAAAAUUGUAGGUUCAGAAUCGAUAGGAAUUGGUGGUGACUACGAUGGAGUGGACCGUUUCCCUGAGGGAUUGGAAGAUGUUUCUAAAUAUCCUUCUUUGAUUGAGGAACUUCUUAGAAGAGGAUGGAAAGAAACUGAACUGAAAGGGGUCUUAAGGGAGAACUUUCUUCGUGUCUUCAGGGAAGUGGAAAAUGUGCGGAACAAUAGUGGACUAAUGGAUGUAGGUGAAAGUGAAAUUCUGCAAGAAGAAGUACAAAAUUCCUGUCGCCUAAACCUACAUAAUCGACAGCUUCAGACAGCCAGGUCCUUUGGAUUUCCUUCUCUGGCAAAACCUUUUAUUCUGACAGUUGUAACUGUCAUGUUUAAUACUGUAUUAUGAAUCAUAAGACCUAUGGAGUCUAGAGAGAGAUAUAUGGAGUAAUCUGCAAUGCAAGUAGUUGUCUUUUUUGGUUUUUUUUAAUGUAAAGCUAUGCUAAGUUUUUUUUUAUAUAAUUCCUAUAAAUGCACCUGUGUACUUGAAAAUUAAUGUAGAUUUAAAUGUAGCAAAAUCAUUUAGAAUUUUAAGUGAUAAAUUCUGUGUCAUCUUGGCUAAACCAGGACCAACAUUGUUAAUGGAAAGUAUUCACAUCUAAUGAAUAAAUUUUGUAAUGUAUGACACAUGGUUUUCGUACACGUUGUGGCACUUUGUAUAAAUACUGGAGUCCAGAAUCAGCAGUUCCACACAGGAACUACAGAAUAUGAUUAAGACAGCUGUGCUGAGAUGUUUUCAGAUAUUACUUCUUGUUAAAUCAUACAACUUUCAUCAUCAGUUGAUGGUUUAGCCAGAGAAGACCACCCCCCGAUAUACGUAGAAGAGUGGGGAUUUGUUUUGUUUUAUUUUUUUAAGAGGACAAGAUGGAUAACAUAGCUAUUUCAAUUCAGAUUUCAUGCCUACCACUAGCUUUAGGGAUCCAUCCUGCAGUUCUAAACUCUUGUUUUUGAACCCUGACUAGGACUGUGGGCAACUGUAGAGUUCCUGAAGGGUGGAGGUAGGUGUCUUGUAUUCAGGUACAGGUGACCAGGCAACAAUGCAGAUACUUUUCUGUAAUUUGGGGACUGCUGUUUGCUGCAUGUUCAUGAAGCUGAGAGCAAGAAUAAGCCAGGACAAAGCAGGAAUUUUGGCUACUCAGAGGGUGAGAUCUUGUUCUGAUAUUUUUAUUGCAGUCUGAGAAGUGUAAAAUGAGUAUUUAAAUAAAAAUUGUGUUAGAAUGUUCCACAGCUUUGUGGAAAUCUAGUUCACAUUUAACCAAUGAUCCUUAUCAAUAAUAGGUUUUAUUAUUUUAUUUUUGUUCUAGCUGGCUAAAAUCAGAACACUGUCAAAGUAUUCAUAGGCAUGAGAUUAGAAAGAAAUAUUUUUAUUAGAAAUCUGCCGUUUCAGCUUUUGGAACACAUUUUCAAAUGCACAAGGUAUGUGAGGUUAGAAAUUACUGUUAUAGAGAAGAGCAUAUAUUGUGAUAGGCCUACUCUUGGUAGGUUAAUAUGGCUCAAAUCAAAUAUGGAGAGAUUCAUGACAAAAUUGUAAGAUGGCAGCACUACAUCUUUGUAGGGUCAUUUCCCAGUGCUUGCUGGUAAAUGUCUUCUCAUGAUACUUGCUGUUAAUUGUGAUUUUUAUCUCAUGAUAUGCGCUUUUAUUUACUGAUAUGACAUCUACAGAAUUUAGCCUUAGUAUAGAAUAAAAGAAAAGUCCUGUAAUUGAUUUAAAGACAGCAGAUGGGCCACAAAGUAUUUAACAACUGGAAGACAAGGCUAAGCAUGAACAGAAUGGAAACAGCAAGUCAGUUGUUUUCUAGAGGCACUUGAGACUGUUCUUGCCAUCCAUUUCUGCAUUCCAUAUACACGUAGCGUUUCUGGAAGAAGACUGUUCUUUUAUUGCUUCAAAAUGAAGCUUCGUUAAUUCUCCUGAUAAGGUGGUGUCUUUGAUAAGUAUAUUCUGAAUAUACUACUGCCACUUAUUGAAUUCUUUACAGAUCAUAUUGAAUAACCUAGCUGAUAACAAGCCAAGUUUUUUAAGACCAGUUUCUCAGUAAAUACUGAUCCUGGUUAUGCAUCUACAAUGGGAAAUUACUGCACUGACUCAGAAAUCUUGCCUUCCUGAUAUUGCUUGACUGGCAUCAGAACUUGAUUUUACUGGUAAAAUGAUUAAUUCAAUAGGGCAAAUAAUUUCCUUACAUCAGUUCUUCUGCUAAUAGCUUCAUAAGCCAUUGGAAAACUGUCAUCCAUGGUCUCUUUUCACAGAAUUAGUACUGUGAUAGUAACUUCAUUACGUAUUUGAAAUGUAAGAUGCUUCCUUAUUCUUUGAAGCCUUUUUCUUUCUACUGUGUUGCCACUUUCCUGCCUGCUAAUUUCUACUUUUUUUUUUUCCAUACUACAGCAUGGAUUAAAAAUACAUUCCUUUUCUUAAGAUACUUAGAAUAUUUUUAUAUGACUGAUUUCACCAUACUAUAGAUAUUUGGAGUUUAUUUCCUUGUUUUACCUAUGGUGUAUUGCACUUGUUUGACUGCUUUGUGCAAUGAAUAAUUUGUAAGCUUGUGGCAAAACAUAUACAUGAAAUUUAAAUAAAAUAUUGUUUAAAAUUGUG